AUGGCAAGAUCAGGUCACUCCACUCAGUUGACUUCUGGAAGACAUAGGGCACAUCAACCACAGACACAGAAGCUCACGGAAAAUGAAAUUUUGGAGUUGAAGAACUACCUUCUUGAGUGGACUUUGGCAAAACAGAAAGAGAAGCAAGCAGUUUUCACUGCCAUAGCUAGGGCUGCCAGGUUACUUGCUCCUAAGGUCAACCAAGCACAAUGGAAGAAGAGGAAGCAGAUAUACAAGACUUGGUUGUUCAACAACAGGAAAAAGAAGGAAAGGAAGGACAUGAUAAAGUAUGGGAGGAAAUGGACGCCUAGGAUGGUGAUCUACCAGCGGAACUGGGAAGAGGUGCUAAAGAGGAUUGAGGAUGAGUCCAGGGCAAAGCCAGGAGGUCCUGAGAGUCAUGAAUUGUCUGAUGAUGAGUUGGAGAAGGUGAAGGAAACAGCUGAAGAAUGGUCCAACAACUUUCCUCCUCCUGAGAUACAGGCACAAGUUGCUCAUAAGAAGGGACCUGCAUAUAUGGAGCACUUUUCAAAGGAGAUGUGGAGGCAAUGCAGGAUGAGAGUGUUUGUGAUGUCAGCUUGGAAGAAUGAACAGGGAGAGGUGCUGUUUUGGAUGCAUGAUGAUAAUGAGGCAUUAGGAGAUGGGGACAGCUUCAUGAAGACAAAGGACUGGGAGGACAUCAAGCUGGUUUGGCAGGAGUACACACAGGAACAGUUCAGUGCCAGGGCAUGGGAUGGAGGAUGA